CCAAGCCCCCAAAGUUUCUGGGGAAUCUUUUUCCUCCCUCUCUACGAUCACCCCGCAGCCUCCAGACCCUUUCCCUCGGCCCCAUCUCCUGGAUUUCUCCGAGGGGUGCCAGGACCCCCGGCCGCAGCCUCACCUCCCCCCGUAACUCUGGUCCGGCCCUCCCCUCCCCCAUCGCGGACCGCACAGCCAAUCCCCCAAGCGGCCGCCAACAUGCUGUUUGAGGGCUUGGAGUUGGUGUCGGCGCUGGCCACCCUCGCCGCGUGCCUGGUGUCCGUGACGCUGCUGCUGGCGGUGUCGCAGCAGCUGUGGCAGCUGCGCUGGGCUGCCACCCGCGACAAGAGCUGCAAGCUGCCCAUCCCCAAGGGCUCCAUGGGAUUCCCGCUCAUCGGAGAGACUGGUCACUGGUUGCUACAGGGUUCAGGCUUCCAGUCGUCGCGCCGGGAGAAGUAUGGCAACGUUUUCAAGACACACUUACUGGGGCGGCCGCUGAUCCGUGUGACCGGUGCAGAAAACGUGCGCAAGAUCCUACUGGGCGAACACCAGCUAGUGAGCACCGAGUGGCCGCGGAGCGCACGCGUGUUGCUGGGUCCCAACACCGUGGCCAAUUCCAUUGGCGACAUCCACCGCAACAAGCGCAAGGUCUUCUCCAAGAUCUUCAGCCAUGAGGCGCUCGAGAGCUACCUGCCCAAGAUCCAACUGGUGAUCCAGGACACACUUCGAGCCUGGAGCAGCCAGCCUGAGGCCAUCAAUGUGUAUCAGGAGGCCCAGCGACUUACCUUCCGAAUGGCCGUGCGGGUACUGCUAGGUUUCAGCAUCCCUGAGGAGGACCUGGGCCACCUCUUUGAGGUAUACCAGCAGUUUGUGGAGAAUGUUUUCUCUUUGCCAGUGGACCUGCCCUUCAGUGGCUACCGGAGGGGCAUCCAAGCUCGGCAGACCCUUCAGAAGGGCCUAGAGAAAGCUAUCCGUGAGAAGCUACAGUGUACUCAGGGAAAAGACUACUCGGACGCCCUGGACAUUCUCAUUGAGAGCAGCAAGGAACAUGGCAAGGAGAUGACCAUGCAGGAGCUUAAGGAUGGAACCCUGGAGCUGAUCUUUGCAGCCUAUGCCACUACAGCCAGUGCCAGCACAUCCUUGAUCAUGCAACUGCUAAAACACCCUGCUGUGCUGGAGAAGCUGCGGGAGGAACUGCGAGCCCAGGGCCUGCUCCAUGGCGGUGGCUGCCCCUGUGAGGGCACCCUGCGCCUGGACACACUCAGUGGCCUGCGCUACCUGGACUGCGUCAUCAAAGAGGUCAUGAGGCUCUUCACACCCAUCUCGGGCGGCUACCGCACUGUGCUGCAGACCUUCGAACUGGAUGGUUUCCAGAUCCCCAAGGGCUGGAGUGUCAUGUAUAGCAUCCGAGACACUCACGACACAGCGCCUGUGUUCAAGGAUGUGAAUGUGUUUGACCCUGACCGCUUCAGCCAGGCACGCAGUGAGGAUAAGGAUGGCCGCUUCCAUUACCUCCCAUUUGGCGGUGGCGUGCGGACCUGCCUGGGCAAGCACUUGGCCAAGCUGUUCCUGAAGGUGCUGGCGGUGGAGCUGGCCAGCACUAGCCGCUUCGAGCUGGCCACGCGGACCUUCCCUCGCAUCACUCUGGUCCCUGUCUUGCACCCGGUGGAUGGCCUCAGUGUCAAGUUCUUUGGUCUGGAUGCCAAUCAGAAUGAGAUUCUGCCCGAGACGGAGGCCAUGUUGAGUGCUACGGUGUAGCCUCACUCUGGUCUCAGCCCAGCCCAGCCCAGCAGAGAGGAUGGGGGGCAAAGAUAGAAACCUGUGGGGUGGGGUGGGGCUGGGUGGGAGGCCAGCAGCCCCGCUAUGUUGUUCUUUGGCCUCUUCCCUGGCAAACCCUCCCCAAAGACAGAAGGGCCCCGCCCCCUCCUGACUCCCACUCUUGGAUCUCCACUGCCCCCUAGCUUAGCUCCUGGGACAGAGCCAGGACUGUAUGCCCAUGACAGUGUUAGUACCAGUGGGUUGAGCUGCAGUAUAUGCUCUGACCUCUGAACGCUUCCUUCCCUUACCCCCUUGUCUUUCUGUGGGUGGUCAGAUGGCUGUUUGAAGGCAGGAGGGAGGAAAAGGGGGCCCCUUGGAGCACUCUUUGACAGCCCCACAUCCUCCCUUCUGUUACUGCUCUAAUGGUGCCCAGAACUGUGUUCUGGGAAUUCUAGUCUAAGCAACCCUAGGCAGGGUGGGAGCUGCCACAGCCUUGAGGGGCCCAUACCAGCCUAGCCAGUUUGGACAUUGGAAAUUACCUGUCGCUGCUAUUUGUCUUCUGACCUUGGGGUGCAUUAUAGGCUUAAUCCUUAGCAUCUUCCUUGGUGGCCCUGGGCAGGGACACUGGCACUCCUCCCCCAUGGGACCAACUGAGCCGGGUGGCUUUUGGCUAUAGCUGGGCUCCCAGCUGCCCACCCUUGCCCCUGUCCCGUAUUUAUUCACUGACCUUGGCUAGACUGAGGUCUGGAGCACCUACCCCCCAACACCUACACACCACCAUCACCACCACCACAUGCACACACCUGCCAGCCUCUGAACUAGCUGUCCUUUUCAAGGCUUAUGUGAGGCAAGAAGACAGUGUGUCUGGUCUAACCCAGUUCUUUGGUAGAGGGUUAACAGCCCUCCUGGGCUCUAGGCAAAAGAUGUAGUUUAACCUCAGAGUCAGACACCCAGCAUAUCUGCCAGGUGGUCUUAGCACUUCCUCCCAGGCUGUCAAAGCCCUGGGCAUGUGGGUCUGGGGGCCACCACUUUCUGUUCCCUCACUGCCUGUCCCAGUGCCGGCCACUCCCCUGGUGAGGAUGCAUAAGGAUACGGGUUCUUCUGAAGGGACUUCUGUCUUCCCUUCCUUGACUCUCUGCCCCUUUGCUCUUUCUUGGAAGAGUCCCCCACCCCAUACCCACUCCCACCCCCAUGCCACUAUCUGCUAAGCCCAGCUCAGGGUUUGGAGUAGAGAAGAAAGGAGAGAGAUAAGGUGGAGAAAGCCCUCUCUCUGAGGUGCCUCAGGCCCUGUGGGGUCUGGAGAAGCUGGAGGGGAGGUUGUAGCUAGAAAGCAAUGGAGAAGGAGAGGAGGGAGACGAGGACAGGGCAUAAGUGAUUUGUCAGAAGUGGUUCAGUUGCAGAAAGGCCAGUGGGGGCGUGGAAGGUGACUGGGUGGGGAGGUGAGGGACUCCUGCCUCUGACAGUUUGAGGGUUAACCAUGCAGGACCUUCCUGGGAAGGGUUUGGGGCUCCAGUGUGUCUCUAGGCAACUCAGUCUGUUUCCAGAUUCCUCUUUGCUUUUGAUUUCCAUCUAUCAUCCAUCGCUUUUGCCCGUUCCUAAGGAAGUGGCUCCUUUUCUCCAGAAAACAGAGACACAGAACGACAGUCCGCAUUGACCUGACCCUGGAUGGCCACUGUCAUGUGGGUCAGCCACAUCUCACCAGCCACACAGAAAGUCCCAUAAGCCACGUUUCCCACAUGUUUCACUGGUCUGUAUUUUUCUGACAGAACCAGAACAAACGACGGCAUUAGGAUACCAGCAAAAUUAUGGUGGAGUCAAAAAUAACUGUAAACCCUCAGCCUCCUUUCUCAGUUCUGAAACAGGCCAAACUGUGUAAAGACUUAUCUUGCCCACACUCCACACACCAGUGCCCGUCUGGGAGGCUCAUCUUCCUGCACACUAACCCUGCUUGCCUGCGGCCCUCUGUUUCAGACUGAAGAUGUGGCAUGUAACUCUGGCCCUGGUGAGGGGCAGGGGGACUGGAGGACCCCAGCAGGCAUCAGGGGCCUUCCGUUUCAGGGGGCCAGCCCAGGAGGUGUAGUGAAGGAAAAGCUGAGGGGGAAGGAUCCCCGUGAGGGUGAAAGAUGGUCUGCCUGGAUGGGUCUCAAAGGUGACAGGCAAAGGGACCUGGCCUAGGCACCCGCGGUGUGGCACCUGUCUCACUCCUGUAGAUGUGUCUGUUCUGUGUUCGUGUGUUUUGUUGUGGUAGCAUUAAUGGGUGAUGUAUUCUCACAUUCCUAACUAUUGUAACUUGACAUUUAAAAAAAACAAACCCCACAAAGACUUCCUGCCACGGGCUUGCAGACUGAAGCACUUUCAAAGUUAGACGCUGGCGUGUGCAUUCUGGGCAACCAUUUUGAUCCUGCCCAGGUUUCUAUUAUUUUAUACACAAAACUUUUUUUUCAUAAAUGUUAUAAUUUUGUGUCUGUCUUUAUAAACUAUUAUAAGUACUAUUUUUGUUAUAAUUCAAAAUAGAUAUUUAGUAUAAAGUUUUUGCUGUUAAAUAUUUGUUAUUUAGUAAAAUAUGAAUUGUUCUUUAUUGUAAACAUGGUUCAAAAUAUUAAUAUGCUUUUAUCACAGUUGUUUUAAUAUUGAGAACGCACUUGUGUGUCUCAUUUUGAUGUGAGCUGGUUCUGUGUGUGUGUUUCGGCUGUCGUGUGGUUUUGAUGUGUAUAUAAUAUUCCGUGUUGCAUAUUACAACAAUGAAUGUCAUGCAUUUUGUGAAAUACUCAAUGUGGCUCUUUUAUUGGCUUCCAUAAUAAACUGUGGGGACUCACCCUUG